AUGAAGGCUAUCAAAUUAACAGGUCAUGAACGUCCAUUAACUCAGGUGAAGUACAACAAAGAAGGUGAUUUACUGUUUUCAUGUUCGAAAGAUAGCUCAGCCAGUGUUUGGUAUUCGUUGAACGGUGAGAGAUUAGGUACCUUGGAUGGCCAUACUGGUACCAUUUGGUCUAUCGAUGUAGACUGUUUUACCAAGUACUGUGUUACAGGGAGUGCUGAUUAUAGUAUAAAAUUAUGGGAUGUAUCAAACGGGCAAUGUAUUGCCACAUGGAAGUCGCCCGUUCCCGUUAAGAGAGUCGAAUUUUCUCCAUGCGGUAACUACUUUCUAGCUAUCUUAGACAACGUCAUGAAAAAUCCAGGUUCUAUUAACAUAUACGAAAUUGAAAGGGAUUCCGCCACUCAUGAGUUAACGAAGGUCUCCGAAGAACCAAUUCAUAAGAUUAUCACUCAUGAAGGUUUAGACGCUGCCACCGUGGCCGGAUGGUCAACUAAGGGCAAAUACAUCAUUGCAGGUCAUAAAGACGGUAAGAUCAGUAAAUACGAUGUGUCUAACAACUACGAAUACGUGGAUUCCAUCGAUUUGCACGAAAAGUCCAUCAGUGACAUGCAAUUUUCUCCUGAUUUAACAUACUUUAUCACAUCAUCCAGAGAUACCAACUCAUUCUUGGUUGACGUGUCAACUCUACAAGUUCUUAAGAAAUACGAAACGGACUGUCCUCUAAACACCGCCGUCAUCACUCCAUUGAAGGAAUUCAUUAUUCUUGGUGGUGGUCAAGAGGCCAAGGAUGUCACCACUACCAGUGCCAACGAAGGUAAGUUCGAAGCCAGAUUCUAUCACAAGAUCUUUGAAGAAGAAAUCGGCAGAGUACAAGGUCAUUUCGGUCCCUUGAACACCGUUGCCAUUAGCCCACAGGGUACAAGUUAUGCUUCCGGUGGUGAGGAUGGGUUCAUACGUCUACACCAUUUCGAAAAAUCUUACUUUGAUUUCAAAUACGACGUGGAGAAGGCCGCUGAAGCCAAAGAGCACAUGCAAGAAGCUAAUUAA